AUGGUAUUAGAGAGGGACUUCGUGCUCCGCUUGGGCGACCAUCUGCACGGGCUCCACCUGAACACCGACGUGGCGCUGGCGUGCGCCGCCACCUGGGCAAUCGCCUGUGCCGCUGCGUGCUCGCGGAUUGGACGUUUCAGUGCGCUGAUGUACGCACUGGUGGUGGUUCGCGUGUUCCUCGUGUGGUUCCUGUGCGCCAAGGUGGUCGGCGAGGGCUUCAAAGGCGACCUCUGGAAACAGCUCUCGAGCUUCGACCCAGCCCAGCUGCUGGAUAUACAGUCCUGGAGGUUGGCCACGGAGCAGAGCCUGUACAGCGUGGGCUGUUCCCGAUCUUUCCUGCGCCUGGCCGGCUGGAACAGGUUCUUCAGCGACGUGCGCUGUGUGGCACCGAUCCUCGCGUGGACCAACUUUGCGACGACGCUGAUGUCGACCACCAUGAUUUUCCUCCUCCUCUUCCUCAUGUCGGAGAGAACGGACACGGAGUUGGACGCCUACUUCGAGCCCAAGGAAGCGCCCUUCGUGUCCGUGGUGCAGGCGCUCCUCUUCCUGGAACCAGAGCGGUCGUUCUCCGUGCUUUACUUCAGCCUGAUGUUCCUCACGGGUAUCUGCGACCUGGUGAUAAUGCAGGAAGUAGUGAUGGAGGUCCUCGUCUUCGAUUUCCCGGCGUUCGCUGAGCGGACUGUGUUGGCCAAGGCAGCGCUCUGCCUGUUCGUCUACGCACUCAGCCUGCCACUCUGCUCCGGGGUUGGGCCCUACCUUGUCGACCUGCUGGACGUCCACUUCAAGGGAACGCUCUACUUGCUCGUUAACCUGGCUGAAGUGCUGGUCGUCACCCGGGUCUACGGUAAGCGCUCUCGCCGGCAUUUGUUGGCCGGAGGCUGCCGGAUCUUGGCCAUGGGAAUGCUCAAAGGCACGGCGUGUGGCAACGUCAUCUGA